AUGCCAGGGGUACAAACAAACAGCACACAGCAAACCCAGAGGAACACGAUCCACAACUCCCAGUCCCCUACCCCUUGUCCCCUACCCCCUGUCCCCUACCCCCUGUCCCCUACCCCCUGUCCCCUACCCCCUGUCCCCUACCCCCAGUCCCCUACCCCCUGUCCCAUACCCCCUGUCCCCUACUCCCAGUCCCCUACCCCCAGUCCCCUACCCCCUGUCCCCUACCCCCUGUCCCCUACCCCCUGUCCCCUACCCACAGCCCCCUGUCCCCUACCUCCUGUCCCAUACCCCCUGUCCCCUACCCCCUGUCCCCUACUCCCAGUCCCAUACCCCCUGUCCCCUACCCCCUGUCCCCUACUCCCAGUCCCCUACCCCCAGUCCCCUACCCCCUGUCCCCUACCCCCUGUCCACUACCCCCUGUCCCCUACCCACAGCCCCCUGUCCCCUACCCCCAGUCCCCUACUCCCAGUUCCCCAGUCCCCCAGCCCCCUGUCCCCUACCCCAAGCCCCCUGUCCCCUACCCCCAGCCCCCUACCCCCAGUUCCCCAGUCCCCCAGCCACCUCCAGGCCAACCUCUGA